UCUUCCUCUUCAUCUUUAUCCUUCUUCUCUACCUUUCUUUCUUCUUCUUUGCUCUCUUCUUUCCCCUCAAUGAACAGCAACAGACCACAGAAACGGACCACAGACAAGAGAAUAAAAGAAAAGAAAAACAAGAACAACUCCACCCUCAGGGGUCCCCGCCAAUAAGAGCCACACUUUCCCCUCCACUCAUCCACUCUUCAAUCAGGGGGACGAAGGGACAACAUACCCUAGGAUCCUCUAGGAUACCAUAGGAUACCCUAGGGUCUUCAAGAACGCCUCUCAACACCUGUCCGGCAUUCCAUAACCCGCGUUCCCCCCCAACUCUAGCGUGAGCCUGUCCAUCCGUGGAUACCGGACCCAUGCAUCAUAGUCCCAUUUCACCCGGGUCGACCGCCGCCACUGCUGCGCCCAUCCGUCCCGACCCCCGAGAAGACUACUACGAUUACGACAACGCAUCGUCCACGUCGCUUCUCUCGUCCCCUCCGCCGCCGCCGCCGCCUCCCCCCGCGCUCGCUUUCUCUCCCCCCGAUGAUCCACCACGACCGUCACGCGUCAAAGCCAAAUCCUCCUUACGAAGUCUCCGGAGUCUAGGGAGUAGCCACGGAGACGAUCGCAACACCAGUCCCAGUCCCAGUCCCAGUCGGAGUCGGAGUCGGAGUCCCAGUCCCAAUCCAAAUCAGCCGGCAUCCGAAAAAUCCCUCAUCCCCCCUUCCAUCCUCCGUCGCCUGUCCCCAGGUCUCGCUGCUCGCGUCAAGUUACUAGACGGCAGUCACAAGAACUCCGCGCGAUCGCGCAACCCCGGUGCCGUCGGUCGCAUCCCCCAGGAACACAUCAAGGAGCUCGACAAUCUACACAAGGAUCUCUCGGUCAGGGUCGUGAGGAAGGGCAAGGCCUGGAAUGCGUCGCUAGGCGAACACCCUCCCAACGAGCAGGAUCUCGACCCGGACAUCUGGGAAGUGGUCGAGCCGGGCGCCCCAGACGCACCGUCGGUGCAUCGGGAACAGCAACCGACCCCCGCGGAGACCCCUUCGGAGACCCCUUCGGAGACCCCCGAGCGAACGCUAGAACCGCCGCUGGAAUUCCGUCCGCCAGAGUCGACCUCCCCGGACGAGGAAAUCAGGCAGACCCCACCGGCCAUGUCUGUGAUAGAAGAGCCCGCGUUGGCGCCGCCAGGCCCCGCUUCUGCUGACGAUUCUAACGCGCCCGAACAGACCGACUUCGAGAAGUACGUCCAGACCACGAGGGAGAAUGACGGGCAUCAGCCCCCGCCGCCGCCGCCGAAAGACGACCAACCGUCGCGUCCGGCCUCGAGCGCCUCGUCCUCCUUUAACCCCGCCCGCGCGAGCCGCACCGAUUCCAUCUACUCCUUCGGCCGCUCCUCCUUCAGCAACCAGAUCUCCCAACUCACCUCCGUCAGUCUGCCACAGCCCUCCUCGCUCGAAUCCACCAUCGCCGGCAUCGCCACCGCCCCGUCCGCCGUCAAGGCCCUCACGUCCGCCGCGGAACAGAUCAAGAUCUGGAUCGGAAAGGCCUCCGACGUGCUCGGCGGCCUGGACGCCGAGGAUGACGUCGAGUGGGCCGCUGCAGGCGGGCGCGAGGGCCUGGAGAGCGUCGACAAGGCCAUCACGCGCUUCGAGAGCCUAGUGAAUGUCUACGUCAAGGCCAUCGAGGAGGUCCAGCUGCGCGACGAUAUCAACGAAGUCGGCCCCGAGAGCCUGAACAUCAUCGUCGUCCAGAUGGAUUCGGUCAUCCAGAACUGGGCGCAGAUCAAGCGGCGACUCCGCGCCGUCAAGGAGCAAGUCGAGUUGGCCAUGGAGUGGGAGGAGCUGUGGAACAGCGUCCUGGGCGACGUCGGCGCCGAGGUCGACGACCUGGGCCGACUCGUCUUUGAGAUGGAGGAGAAACGGCACAUGACCAUGUCGACCGCGCCCGAGUCCCACUCGGGGGUCGAUAUCAACGAGCUCGAGACCAUCGUCGAGGAGACCCCGUCGGCGUCGAGCAAGCGACUCAGCAUGGAACCCAUCCUCGCGGCGCCUCCGACGCUAGCCACCCCCAUCAUCCAAACGCCCCACGACGACACGAAUCACUCGAACCUGAUCGCCCUAUUCGCCCGCAUCCAGCCCUUGCGCGCCUCGCUGGAUUUCCUGCCCAUGCGCAUGUCCAUGUUCCAGUCCCGGGCCGAGUCGAUCUUCCCCAGCGCCUGCGAGGAGCUGGAGGAGCGACGCAGCCGGCUCGAGAAGAGUUAUCGGGCGCUGGAGGCCGACGCCGAGUCCCUGCGGCGCGAGCUGAGCGAGGACCGGUGGAUUCUGGUCUUCCGCGGGGCCGGCGGACAGGCGCAGAAGAUGUUCGAAUCCGUCGAGCGCAGCAUCGGCAAGCUGCAGGAAGGCCUCGAGACCGGCGGCCAUCUGCACAACCCCGCCGACUUGGUCAAGAAGAUCGAGAGCUACGAGGCCAAGAGGCAGCACUACGUGCCGGCGAUCGAGCGGGUGCUCACCAUCAUCGAGAAAGGGGUCCAGGAUCGGCGCACCGUCAACGGUGAGACGAUCCGGCUGCUCUCCGACAUGACGUCCCGCAUCGACGCGCUCAAGGCGAGCAUGCGGGUGAUGGACGCCUCGCUGGAGGAUGUCAGCCUCUCCCGCAGCCAGCACAUGCGCGACUCGAUCUCAACCAUCGUCACCACGGACAGUCCCACCACAGGCAGCGGCAUCGACUCGCCCGGUAGCUCCCCCGCCUCGUCGGUAGUCAUGACCCCAGCCAUGAAGGGGUCGACUACGCCCCUGGGCGGAUCCAGCCGGCGCGGGAGCUCCGUUAGCUCAGCUGCCCGGUCCACCAUGAACAAGGUCCGCCGCUUUUCGGGGAUCCCUCAAGCCACGGCGACCCUGACGGGGAAGAAAUCAGCCAUUCCCAAGCCCUCCUUCACCGCAUCCCCAUCCAAGCCCUCCUUCUCAGCCACCUCGCCGUCCAAACACAGCUACCGCGCCACGACGCCCACCCCGUUCGCCCGACGAGCCCCUCCGCCCAUCCCAGCAGCGCUCGCGAACCGCCCGCGAUGGAGUAGCAGCGUGAACACCAACGACCUCGACGUAGGCCACUCCCGCCUACAGGCCCCCAGCCCCCUCCCAUCCCGCAACAACCGCCUCUCCCGCCCCGCCUCCACCCUCCCCUUCUCCCACAGUCGCGACCUAUCCGUAUCCCCAGCUCCCCCGCGGACCCGCAGCCGCAUAUCUAGCCGGCUAGGCUCGCACAGCCCCGCGCCAGGCGCCUCUCCCACCCCAUCCCGCUCCCUCCUCGACCCGCCCCCCUACAGCAAACUCCGCCGACCCCUAGGACCAGAGGCCAUGGUGAACACCCCCCGCAACCGCCAAAGCUACGCCGGCCUAUCCUUCGGCCGCAGCGUGUCCCACGCCCCGGACAACGGCCUCCUCAGCCCGACAAAGGCCGCCCGUCCGGAAACCGCCCUGGGCCACUCAGGAAGCCGCCGCAUCAGUCUCCUCCCGAUGCCCAAAGGCCGGUCCGGAAGGGACAGCGCGACGGGGAAUCGCAGCAAGGUUGACGACCGGCCGCGAUGGCGGUAGUUUUCUUUCUUCGUGUUAUCUUGUCUCCGUAUCUCUGUUAUUCCCCUUUCGAUUUUUUUUUCUCCCCACUGUACUAUCCGCAUUAUCUGCAUUUACUUGAUUUGUGUACGGUGGCGGUGCGGUUACGGAAUGGUGUCGGUUUAUGUUAUUCUGUUUCCUUUUCUUUUCUCUAUUUGUUUCCCCCUUAUCUUCCCAUUUUCCAACGUAUGAGGGACAAACAGAUUGUUUGAUUUUGAUUCCCCUAUUUGUUUUGUUCUUCCCAUGUCAUUGUCAUUGUUAUUUGAUUCUGCAGAUUAGCGUGAUCUUUACAUUGUGUUGUCUUUCUAUCGUUUCAUUGUUGUUUAGGGUUAGGUGCUGGGGUCUGUUUCAAUGGAUUGAUUGAUUGAUUGAUUCUUUCUGUAUUUC